AUGUCUGAUAGCGUCUCUCGCUUAAUAACAACAAGGGCCUCCUUGCCAUCUCCCUCUUCUCCUCCUUUAGGUUUGCUGCUGGGAUCGAUCGAUCCCAGCAGCAGCAGCAGCAGCAAACCCUCAGGGGGGGGCCCUAAAGGAAAGAAUGCAGGGGCCCCCCUGCAUGCGUUGCUAUGGGCCCCCCUUGCCUCUCUUUCUUCAGAUCCGCAGCUGGAGGAAGGAGAAGAUGUGUUUACCUUCCUGCAGCAGCUGCAGCAGCAGCAGCAGCAGCAGCAGCAGCAGCAGGAGAUAGUAGAGAGACUUAUUAGACAGGCCUCCCUUUGCUGCUCUCAUCAUCUUGUGGGGGGCCUCUCGGUCUUAGGUGUAUGGGCUCGUGUAGGUGCUGCUGCAGGGCAGCAGCAGCAGCAGCAACUGCAGCAGCAGCAGCAGAAGCUGCAGGAGAAGCUGCAGCUGCGCCGUGUUGCUGCUGCUGUAGCGGAGGGGGCCCUUCAGGGUUUAAAUGCUGUUGAUGAGGCUGCUGCUGCUGCUGCGAUGCAGCAGCAGCAGAACGAUGGUGGAAAGAGCAGCAGCAGCAGCAGCAAAAAUGCACUGAAGCAGCCAUUCCUGCUUGUGCUGCUGCAGCAGCAGCAACAGCAGCAGCAGCAGCAGCAAGACACCUCCGUAUACUUCUCCUGCCUAAGCGGCAGCACGGGGCCCUCGUCUCUUGUAGCAGCAGAGGUGUAUCCUCUACAGCAGCAAAAGGGUACCCAACAGCAGCAGCAGCAACAGCAGCAGCAGCAGCAGUUGCAGGUGUGCUGCAGUCCUAUAAGCCUGAACAUGACGCUGCUGCUGCCUCCGUCUCUACUAAAGCAGCAAACAGCAGCAGAAGUGUUUGCUGCACCUGAGCUGCGGGGGGCCCUUAGGGGGGCCCUCCGUUCCUUAGUGGGUACAGAAGGUACAGCAGCAGAUAUAAUAGAGGGGGCCCCCCUCCCCUUUUAUUGCUCCCUUCGUCAUAUAGAGGACCCAUUAGAUUCUUCUUGUAAGGGGAGGGGCCUCAUCUGUGACCAAGGAAUGACUGUUGCUGCUGCUGCUGCUGCUGCUGCAGAAGCAGCAGGAACAGCAGCAGCAGCAGCAGGCUGCAUGCAAGCGCUGCAGAUAGAAAUUAUGUCUGAAGGUGUCCCUUCUUUGUGUCUGCGUUUUGAGGAAGAUGGAUCUGUUGCUGUUGCUGCUGCUGCUGCAGAUGCUGCAGCUGCUGCUGCUGCUGCAGGGGAAGGAACACUGCUGCUGCAGCAGGAUGCAGCAAGUGCUGCAUUUGCUGCAGUUCGCUGCAGCACAAUUCUUUUAGGUGUAUCUAUUAAUCAUAAGACACAAACAUUAAGAGCAGCAAUAGAGGCCCUUGUUGCUGAUUGGGUAAGAGGGGCAUUGGGGUGUAUAGGCAGCUCAUUAGAGGAUAUAUGGGAAACAGCAGAUGCUUCUCCUGCAGCAGCAGCAGCAGCUGCUGCUGCUGCGGUGUCUGUGGCACCGCUGCAGCAAAGGCAGCUACUGACACUGCAGGGGGACCCGAUGUUGCUGCAGCAACAGCAGCAAGCUCAUGGUGCUCCUGUGGUACUAGCAGAGCUUGCUGCUGCUCCUGCUGCAGCAGCAGCAGCAGCAGGAGAUGAAGAAGAAAGCAGCAACGAAAGAGUACGCAUUGAAUUCCUUUUUGGUCAGGAAGGAAGAUGGCAAGUGCUGCAGGGUCUAUCUGUCUUUGGUUCCCCUGCUGCAGCAGUAACAGCAGCAGCAGCAGCAGAUACAGCAGCAGGUAGCAACACCUCGCAGCAACAACUGCAGCAGCAGCAGCAACUGCAGCAGCAGCAGCAGCAGGAAGCAGAGUAUUGGAGGACUCUUAUAGACUUCUAG